AUGCCGCCACAAAGCGGCUCAAGAAAGCUCAGUCCACAACAACAGCGCGCCCUCCUGCACAGGUACAAUAUAUCGAUCGACGGCCCAAUCCGCCCGCGCGACUGGCCAGAAAGAUAUGCCUCCAUUUUCGGAACAGUAAGGGAUAUGGAGAAUGUUCGCUAUGAGAAAUAUUAUCAGAGAGGCCUUGGAAACGACAACGCGAAACUACUACAUGUCACACAAAUGUGCAGCCGAGUUGAAAAGCUUGUCAAACAAGCAUACUCUCUUCGGGUGGCCCAGGAUAACGAGGGAACCUGGCGGUUAAAAACGGAGCAUUUGAUCCUUGAGCGCUUUGAAACAGAUGUCGACUGUCAUGUUUGUAACCAACGCAGAUGGAUUUCGGACUUCCAGGCAGUUCCAUACUGCUCACGUGCGGCAGAAAGGUUGAAAGCUAUACGAGAUAAAAGAAGCCUCUGUCACUGUGAAGAGAUCGUGAGAGCAAGGUUGCUGGCCCAGUCAUCCUCAGAGCACGCCUUUAUUACUAAAGGGAGCUGCACCCUUGUUGAUGAGUCAAUGCCAGAAAUUCAAAAAAGAAUCCUGGCUCAUCACAAACCAGAUCGAGUCCUCGGGCUAGGAAGAACUCAUGAUUUAGAACGGCUGGUUGCUGCCAAUCCUAGUAUCGUGACUACAGUGAUUAAGGAUGACAUGGACACGUGCUUUCCAUUCCUGGUCCUUGAGGCAAAGUCAGAGAAAAAUACUGUCGGGUUCGAGUCAAUUGAAAGGCAAACAGCAUUUCCAAUUCGCGCUAUGAUUGGCCUUCAGAGGAGCUUGGAAACUGCCGGCACCGUCCCAUUAGACCCAUUAGUGUGGUUUCUGGCGAAUCGCGGAGAUGAAUGGAGAGUCUAUGGCUGUGUUCCUGACCGGUCUCAUAUACGAGUCAUUGAUCUAUGGCACGGGUGUAUUCUUCGGCACGAUUCAGCACUGCAACUCCUCCUGAUUAUAGACCUGUUAUGUGACUGGGCAAGGGAUAUUUUUACCGAGCAGGUUAUGUGCAGUAUACGACAACAGACAAGCCAAGACUACGCAACACUCCCGUCUCAAAGCAGUCUUGAAGAGCUGGCCCUUCGGCAGCCUGGUCCCUCCAAUAAUUCACGGGGAUUUCGGCUCCCAUCUGCUGGUACGAGCAGCCCUUGGCCUGUGCAGGACGAUCGCAGGGGUCCAGGGGUAUUUGUUAGAACCGAGCUGAACGAUAUGAUUAUGGACGAGGUGCCGAAUAUUACUCAGGAGGUUGAGCAAAUUGAAGAGACUCCUAGCCCGACAACGUCCUCAUCAGAUACAUCUGAAGAUUCGGAGGACCUGGACAUACUACCGGACACAUGGCCUGAGUGCAUGGCUGUAAAGUCUGACAAAGAUAUCGAACGUCAAUUUCGCUCUGUAUCUCUUCCCGAGUCAACCUACCGGUUAGGUCGGCUGCUCAAGGUUCUUGGCAGAGAGGCUGAUCUAGUUCAAACAGCUCUGAAGCUUUUGGACCUGUUUAAUCUGAACAAUCCGUUCAUCGUUGAACCAGAAUUCGUGGAUAGAAUUAGCGCUGCUUGGGGUGGGCGUGUGCAAAAUAAACGCCCUCGCAACAUGGGUCACCUCUACGCUUGUCUGCACUGGCGAACAAGGUUUGAUUACGAUGAUUGGAUAUUAACGAAGGAGCUGUCUUGUAUCACAGCUUCAGUAGCCGCCAUUGCAGCCUUAGCCACAAUUGGCAAGAUUCCAACUACUAACUUAUUUCCUGAGGGAGGGCCUAAACCUACUAACCGAGCACGCCGUCUUAUUCAUCCACUUCGUUACCUCCCUUUGCCGGAGCUCGUGCAAGCAGCAUCCAGGAGCCAGUUUCUUCACCUGGAAGUAUCUGAUGGGAUUGCAAAAGCUAGGGGUUGGGUUGAAGAUUCUGGGAAAGCAUUAUUUUCCGAACAUUUCUGGAAAUGCCUAAGUAUCACAGAGGCUUUCACGGUGUGCUCUGGAUAUGUGUUCUCGAAUAUAAGACGGCUCCCCCGCUCUCCCAUGUCUCGGGACGAGGUUGAAAUUCCCGUCCCGCUUCAGAUAUCAGAGAUAGCCAAAGAACGCCAGGUUGCUCUUCUCAGGAGAUCCCGUGGUGCAGAGGCUAUUGAGCCGGCUUAUUGCGUAUUUGUCUUUAAUAGCCUUCAUGCUUAUAUCCCUUUCACGAUCGGUAGCGCUAUUCUUUCAUACGUACAUGAGGAGUGGAGCUGCUUUUCUGGGCAUAAUGAACCACUUACGGAGCUCGAUAGAACGAAGUUGGCCUGGUUGGCGAGUGUCAUAAUUAACUUGGACACUUGGCCAGAAGAAUCCUAA